UCCUCCUGUGGGGCCGCCCUGCCCGCACUCAAAAUGGCGGCGGCGCUGAGGGGCUGAGGCGAUGAGGCCGCGGCCGCCAUGGCGCUCUCGGGCGGGAACAGGGCGGGGUAUCUGGAGCCAAAUCUGGCACUCAGAAUAAAGAAGAUGAUGUUUUGAUGGCACAAGGAGCAGCAGGCGACAUUCCCAGGUUUUCAUCCCGAGGAUGGAUGGAGAAGAAAAUCCUGAUGAAGUCCAAGGUGGCUGCUCCCAACCUCCUGAGGGCUCUGCACUCCCUGUACCGGCUGGGGCACCUCUGCGACGUGACGGUGCUCACCCAGCACCUGGGAAUCCAGGAGGAAUUCCUGGCUCACAAAGCCGUCCUGGCAGCUUCCAGCAACUACUUCAAGGGGCUGUUCCUGCACCAGGAAGCCCAGAAGUGCACGGUGACCCUGCAGGACAUCUACACCGAGGAGUUCACCUCCUUCCUGGAGUUCGUGUACACGGCCGAGGUGGAGAUCGAGGCGGGAAAGCUGCAGCGGAUGAAGGAGGUCGCGGAGAGGCUGGAGUGCAAGGAUCUGCUGGACAUCUGUGAAGAAGUCAAGGCAGAGGGCAGGAAGGGCUUGGAUUUGAGCCUCCACCUGAAAGGGCAGAGGGCUGAGAGCGGCGCAUCGCAGUGGCCUGGCGUCCAGCAAAGGGAGAACCCCAGGAGCUCUUCCCAGAUCGUGGCCAUCCCCAUGCAGAGGAAACUUUGGGAUAGGCAGAAACACAAGGAGCUGCUGCCGGGCUAUGAGCUCGUUGGAGGCCAAGCAGGAGGCCUGGAGCAGGAGGCCACAGCUUCCCCAGCCCCAAAUUCCAGGCCGGCAAAGCCGCCCAAGUGCGACAAGACGCGUUCCCCCAGCAGAGCGGGUGUGGGUAUUCCCAGCCUGGAAAACAAGGAUGGCCAUCCCCUUCCUGGGGGGCUGGAGGGAAAGAGGGAAUGCCAGGCGUGUCCCUACUGUGACAAGGCCAUCAGCUCCAAGUGUGGCCUGGCCCUGCACGUCCGGACACACACGGGGGACAGGCCCUACCGCUGCCAGCGCUGCCCCGCCAGCUUCUCCCACAGGGCUGCCUACACCUCCCACCUCAGGAAAAACCACGAGUCUGGGCAAGAGAGGCAACUCCUGCCUGUCUAUUGGAUGGUGGUUCCACCCACGAGCCGUGACAAAGAUCCCAACGGAGAGACUUGGGAUGAGACGCCGGAAACCUCGGGGUGUGAGGAAGAUCCCGGGAACUCAUCCCGGAGCAAGGAGCAAGAGGAAUUCCAGGAAGGUGAAGGAGGGAGUGAAGAUGGUGGAACGAGUGUGAAGGGUGAGGAGCAGGGAGGAUUUAACAGAGGAUACUCGGAAGUGGAAGGAAGCAGGGACAACGAGGAAUGUUCUGAGGAGGAGGAGGACGCAGCCACAGCAGAGAAGGGCAGCAAAGAACCUGAAGCGGGGCUCAAACUAAAGAAAGGCAGCAAGAAACCCGCCUGCACCAUGCAGUGUGACAAGUGCCAGGAGCAGUUUGCCUCCAGGAAGAAGUACGUGUCUCACUGCCGGGAGGCGCACCAGAGCCCGCCGGGCAAGGCCUACCGCUGCGAGCUGUGCGGCAAAACCUUCGCCAGCUCCGCCAGCUGCCGGGAGCACCGCGCCUGCGUGCACAGCCAGGAGAGGAGCUUCUCCUGCAGCCUCUGCCAGGCCACCUUCAAGAGGAAGAGGGAUGUGAGGAGCCACUCGGCGCGGAAGCACGAGGGCAGGGCCAAGCGGCCGCUGUGCUGCGUCUGCGGCAAGAUGCUGAGCUCCCGCACGGCGCUGGUGCUCCACAUGCGCACACACACCGGGGAGAAGCCCUACGAGUGCGGCCUGUGCCCCUCCAGGUUUGCUCAGCCUUCCCAGCUCAAGAUCCACACCAGAUCCCACACUGGGGAGAAGCCCUACAUUUGUGAGGACUGCGGCGCUUCCUUCGCCGACAAGGGGAAACUCACCGCCCACAAAAGGACACACACAGGAGAGCGGCUCUUCAGGUGCGAUGUGUGCGGGAAGCACUUUGCCACCAACGAGUACCUCAAGUGCCACAAGCUCUGCCACCUGGGAGCCAAACCCUACAGGUGUGAGGUUUGUGGGAAAACCUUCGGCCUCAGAGCCUCCCUGGCCCAGCACAGCAACGUCCACGCAGAGACCCGUCCCUAUUUCUGUGAGCAGUGUGGGAAGGCCUUCACUCAGCAGGGAGCCCUGCGGCGGCACCAGCGCAUCCACACCGGCGAGAAACCCUACAGGUGCCGCGCCUGCGAGAGGAGCUUCACCGACCUGUCCACCCUGCGCCGGCACGUGGCUAUCCAUGACAGGAAUGCUCAUUGGAGAAGCUUCUUGAUCGACCUCACACCAAAAAAAGACCACAAUUGGUCCAAAAUCGAGACUUUGGCAGAAGUGCAUCCAGGAGGAGAUCCUGAAAUUUGGUCUGUUGACCACGGCAAGCUUUACAAACCAGAAAAUGCUAAAGCAGCACGCGUGUCACCCGGCCUUGGGGACACCGGGGACACUGACCCCUCCCUUUCGUACUCAUAAAACCCGUUUGAGCCCCAAAAAUGGAACUGCACUUUGGAACCCCUGUAAACCCCCAAAUCCUCCUUUAAUAAAGCUCUCAGUGCCCGUCUUUCCA